AUGCUGUGGAAAGUAUUCCUGUUGGCUCUCCUUGCGGAGAAUAGCCACGGUCAGAAUGCCUUGUACCCCAUGCUUCGAUUCCAAUGCUCGCAGCUCGUUCACGACCGCAUUGACCCACUGGUCAACCCGGGGAUGGUGCCUUCUCCACAUCUUCACCAACUCGUUGGCGGUAAUUCUCUGAGGCCAUCGAUGGUCCACCCAGCACACGACCUCCCCUCGCUCUCCACUUGUACAAGCUGCACGUUUUCGGAAGACUUUUCAAACUACUGGACGGCUGUUCUCUAUUUUCGUGCCCGCAACGGUACCUUCAAACGCGUCCCCCAAGCUCCAGGAUUGUAUCUGAAAGGCAACGGGGGAAUCACGGUGUAUUAUAUCCCGCAGGGCGGUGCUACAAACAAGACGCAAGUGACGGCUUUCAAACCCGGGUUCCGAAUGCUCGUCGGCGAUGCAGCUGGAACAGGUCCCGGACCAGAAAGAAAGGUUUGCCAUCGCUGCAUGCCAGCAGAGGGUGAGAUGAGUCACAUCAACUGCGGAGCGCCGGACGCGCAGUCGAUGCCUACCGGAUUUUGCGAAGGUGGGAUACGGACCGUUGUCACAUUCCCUACGUGCUGGGAUGGCGUCAACCUUGAUAGUCCAGACCAUAUGAGCCAUGUUGCGUAUGCAAUAGGGGCCAAGGCGAACGAUGUCGGGCCAACGGGAACCUGUCCCCCAAGCCAUCCUGUGGUGAUACCACAAGUGAUGUACGAGGUACAGUGGGAUACACGACAAUUCAAUCACAAAGAUUUAUGGCCUGAGGAUGGCUCCCAACCUUUUGUCUGGAGCACCGGCGACACUCAUGGAUAUUCGAAUCAUGGCGACUACGUCUUUGGUUGGAAAGGCGAUUCUCUGCAACGUGCCAUGGAUGCCCGCUGCACGGGAGAUACCUGUAAUGUUCUAGAGGUACAAAGCACAGAGGAGGCAAUGAAAUGCACUGUACCGCGGGUUGUAGAUGAAGAUGUCGACGGAUGGCUAGAUGUUCUUCCAGGGAAUCGUACCUUGUUCUAA